CCUCCCCCUCUCAAACUCUACCCCUAAUUUUCCCUCGUCGUUGAUCCAUCGAUCGAUCUCGAAAGGGAAAUUGGGGAUCUUCCUUCUCCUCCGAUCAUGGCGUACAGGAAUCUGGAGGUGACGCUCAUCUCAGCCAACGAUCUCAACGACGUCAACUUCUUCUCCAAGAUGCACGUCUACGCCAUAGCCUCCAUCGCCGGCAACCGACGCUCGCGGCAGCGCACCGCCUCCGACAAGGACGGUGGCACCAGCCCCUCCUGGAACGCCACCCUCCGCUUCGCCGUCCCCGCCGCCGCAGACGCCCUCGCCCUCCGCGUCCUCCUUCGCUCCGAGCGUCUCCUCGGCGACCGCGACGUCGGCGAGGUCUACAUCCCUCUCAAAGAGCUCCUCCCUGCCGUCAUCUCCGCCGGCAACAGCUCCGCCCACUUCGUCAGUUACCAGGUCCGCAAGCCCUCCUCCGGCAAGCCCAAGGGCGUCCUCAACCUCUCCUACAAGUUCGUCGACGCCCCGCCGGCGGCGACGCCCGUCGCUCCAUACUCCUUCCCGGCGAACGAGACCAAGUCCGGCGUUCCUUCCACCGCAUACCCGGCCCUGCCGUCCUACCCGCCGCCAGCGGCGUACGUUUCGUACCCUCCGGCCGGGCCGUACCCGCCUGCAGCGGCGGCAGCCGUGGGGUCGAAGCACGGGGAUCCCGCCGGAACAAGCGCUGCCCAUCCGCCGCCGGAGAAGGAUGGGAAGGAAUCGAAGGUCGGCGAGCCCGUCACCGCCUAUCCCGCCGCCGGCCCGGCGUACCCGACGCCGGGGGCGUAUCCUCCCGCGGCAUAUCCGCCUCCGUCUGGGUACCCGCCCUACCCGGCGACGUACGGGUAUCCUCCCGUGAGAGGUCCGGUGGGGUACGGGUACGGUGCUCCACCGCCGGCAGGGUACGGGUACGGUGCUCCACCGCCGCCGGGAUACGGUUACGGAGCUCCGCCGGCGGCGCAGAAGCCGAAGAAGGGCAAUGGCAGGAUGGGCCUGGGGAUGGGGCUGCUGGGUGGGGCCCUCGGUGGGCUGCUGAUCGGAGAUAUGAUGGUGGACUCCGCCGAGGCCGGCUACGAGGCCGGGUUCAGCGACGGCGUCGACUUUUAAACUAAUUUUCUGAUUUUUUUCCCCUAAUAAGUUGUUUAUUUAUUUAUUUAUUUUUUAUUGUGAACUAUGGGUGGAAGGAGGGGAUCCUGUAGUCUUGCUCCGAGAUUAUCCUUUUUCUACAGUAUUAUGUAAUUAAUGAAUUAAAUUUCCUCGUUGGAUGUUGUCAUUAGCUGGUUAU